AUGUGGACUCCAGGGAACCUUACACGAACAUCUUCCUCACAUUCAGUUGCAAUGUCUGUCGCCUCGAGUCGCGGUUCAAGCUUUUCAGAGACCAUGUCGGAGCACUCGGUCAAAAAGAGAAUCGGAAUGUGGCAAGCAGACAAUAACUUGGUGACCACGAGUCUGGAUUUACAUGCCAGGGAAGACGGGCGACGAGACUCCAUAUCCACCGACCACUCCAUGUCCACCCUAGCAAUGGAUAUCCCUCACGAUGAAGACUUGAACAUGAAGACACCUACCGUGCAUCACCUCCCACUCGAUUUCGCCCCUGAUACACCUGACGAGCCCGAAGUCACUCAUCCAAGCCAUGUGGCGGGCCCCAUGGAACAGCUCCUUCAGUCCUUACUUCAGAAGGUGGCUCAUGCAGAACAAAGUCGUCCCACGGUCAUGGCACAAGACUACCUGGACCUGAAAUCCCGAGUCUACGAGCUAGAAGCCGAGAAGAAGACAUGGGAAGACAGAUAUCAGGCAUACUUCGCCGUCCGUGACGAGGACCUCACCAAUAUCUUGAAGACUCGUGAGAUGCUCGCUCGGGAGCGACGAGAACACGAAGCCAUCCGGCAACUACGAGACGAGGAUCUGGCCAACGUUCUCAUGUUACGCGAGAAGCUGGCACAGGCGCUUUGGUCGAAGCCGCAAAGACCCGUGUCUAUGCUGUCCUCACGACAAUCUCGCAUCGGAGGUGAUGAUCUUUGGCAAACAGCCAAGUCUACGGCGAUGGAGCACAGAAUCCUCGAACUCGAGACCGCCAACAAGGAGCUCCAGACUCAAGUGACCGCUGGUGGCUCAACGGAUACGAAAAGUCUGAUGAGUCAGAUGGAGAAUAUGUUUGAGGAGAAUUUGAAGCAUCGAGAAAAGCUGGCUUCCAAGAUGCAACAAUUGAGGUCCGAGAAAGAGGCCAUGCAGAAGGAGCUUGCCGUGCUGGAGGAUCGAAACACUGAGCUCGAAACAGUUGUGGAGAGGUUGCAGAGAAAUCUCACUGUCUAG